CGGUUUUAUUCAUUUUUUUUAAUCAGCGUUGAAAAUUACUUCACAUGGAAAUGACGGAGGAAAGUGACCAGAAGCCCGAGGCUGAAGAGAACGCCUUUGUGACGCUGGAAAAAAGAUUCCAGGAAGUUCUUAAUGAACUCAUUGGGGAUAAGAAGCUGGAGAAAUACCGGGUGGAAUACGAAAAACUUGCUAAAGCACUGAAAAAGUCCCACGAGAGUGAGAAGCGGCUUAUGACAAAAUGCAGGGAGUUAACUGCAGAAAUAGUAUCCAACUCGGUCAAAGUGGAUGCUGCUCGAAAAUUGUCCGAAGAGGAUCAAACUACUAUAGCAACCCUGAAAAAGGAAAUAGAAAAGGCUUGGAAAAUGGUCGAUACUGCCCAUGAGAAGGAGUUGACCGCAAAAGAGACCAUUAAGGAUCUGCAGCAUGAGAUUUCAAACCUAACAGUGCUUCUUGAACAAGGAGCUGGUGUAUCAAGGGGUCAGGAGCACAGUUUGAAUGAUUUGCUGAAAAUCAAAGAUGAGCUAACAAAGGAAAGAGAUGAACUCCUGAGUGAAGUAGUGAAACUACGAGAAAAUCUUACAAAGGCCAUCAGCAGUCAGCAAGAGAUGGAAGUCUUGAAAGAAAAGGCCAUGGAAACAAUACUGCAGCUGCAACAAGACAUUCAGGUCCGCCAGAAUGAGUGCUCUCGUGAGACGCGGAGGAAAGAGAAGCUGGAGAAGGAGGUGAAACAGCUGCACUCUGAGCUGGAUGCCAAGCAGUCGGAAAUCAAAGUGCUGAAUCUGCAGAGCCAGCGGAGCAAGGAGGAGCAGCAGAGGCUGGAGCAACAGCUGCGAGAGCAGAAGAUUCUCAGUGAGAGAGCCGCAAAGGAGCUGGAGCAGCUGCAAGUCAGAAAUACCAAACUCCAGCAGGAGAACGAACAGAACGCUCUGAGCACAGAACAACUGUCCCUGGAGAAUCAGCAAAGGGCAUCUGAUCUGAAGAUGAAAGAAGAGGAGGUGAAUCAGAUGCGUCAAGAAAUAUCCAAACUAACGAGGAUGAGGGAGGCCACCCAGAAGAAAUUUCGGCAGACAGAAGAUCAGAAAGUGGAAGUGGAGCAGCAGAGAGACAUGCUGAAAAACCAGAUAGCUGGGCUGGAGAGAGAAAUGGAAUCCUCCAAAAAGCAGAUGGAAAUUGAUAAGAAAGCUAUGGAUGAACUGGUGCGAGAGAGAGACAUCUUGAAUAAGAACAUGAUCAAGGCUGCCAGUGCGACAGAGAAGCAGCUGAAUGAGGUGAAGCUCCUUGAGCAGUCAAAGAAGCACCUGGACCACGAGAUCAUGAACUACAGGGACGAAGCUCAGAAACAGCGCAAGAUCAUCUACCAGCUAGAGAAAGAGAGGGACCGCUACAUUAAUGAAGCCAGUGACCUGACACACAAGGUUCUCCAACACAUGGAGGAUAUUAAAGUGAGAGAAAUGCAGAUCUUUGACUACAGAAAGAAGAUAGCUGAAGCUGAAACAAAACUCAAGCAGCAACAGAACCUCUAUGAGGCAGUGAGAUCUGACAGAAACCUCUACAGUAAAAACCUCAAUGAAGCUCAGGUUGAGAUAACUGAAAUAAAAAGGCAGUUGAAGAUUAUGAGCCAUCAAGUUGACCAGUUAAAAGAAGAGAUCAAUGGAAAGGAAACUGCUCUUGUGAAAGAACAUCUUGAAUUUCAGCGUGUGGAGAAGGAGAAGGAGGCACUUAAGGCAGAGCUUCAGAAGAUGAAACAGCAGGCUCAAGAGACAAAGCAGCUCAUUGACAAUCAGGAGGCAGAGGAGAGAAAGCUACUCAAGAUCAUAGAUGAUGCUGACGCUGAAAGGCUCAGACAGAGGAAACAAUUGGAUCAGGUAAUCAGUGAGCGUGACAUUCUGGGCACGCAGCUAGUGCACCGCAAUGAACAGCUGGCACUUCUGUAUGAGAAGAUUAAGAUCCAACAGUCCAUACUGAACAAGGGGGAGAUGCAGUAUAACCAGAGGGUGGAGGACAUCAGACUGUUGAAGAUGGAGAUUAAGAAGCUGAGACGAGAGAAGGGAAUCUUGACCAAAACGGUGGCAAAUGUUGAAGACCUUCGGUGUGAGGUUUUCCACAUGCAAAGGGAGCUCCUUAAGGAACGGACGAGGUGCCGAGCUUUGGAGGAAGAGCUCGAAAAUCCAAUGAACGUACAUCGAUGGAGAAAGCUGGAGGCCAGCGACCCGAGCACCUUCCAGCUGAUCCAGAAGAUUCACUCUUUACAGAGGCGCCUGAUAGCAAAGAGCGAGGAGGUGGUAGAAAAGGAGCUUUUAUUACAGGAGAAGGAGAAGCUCUAUGUGGAACUCAAGCACAUUCUGGCCCGCCAGCCCGGUCCGGAGGUUGCUGAACAACUUCAGAUCUACCAGCAGACACUGAGGGAGAAGACAAAACAGCUCAAGGCAUUAUCAUCAGAGCUGAGCAUGUAUGAGUCUCAAACGCAGGAGUACAAAUACGACAUUGAGAGAUUGGAUCAUGAGCUGCAAAAUGUCAAGAAGAAGUACCUGAAUCAGAAACGCAAAGAGCAGCUGUCCAGGGAGAAGGAGAGGAGCCUGGCCCAGGUGGGACAGCCUCUAAUUCAGCCUCAGCGGACGGACGGCCCACGCUUCACGGGGGGAGGCUUCAGCCUCAAGCAGCCCGGGAAAGUCACAGCGUAG